AUGCCUUCGGUGUCGUUUUUUCCACCGGAUAAUAUGACUCAUCAUGAUAAUUCAGACGAUUCAGUUACAAGGAUAAUUGAGGAUUACGGAAGACGCCGCUUGACAGACGUUUUGGAAGAGGAUACUGAAGAAGACGUAUUUGGUCGCUAUUCUAGCACAACGAACGAUGAAAAUAUCAACCGAAAAAGAUAUUCUUCUAUUGGUAGCACUGCUUCGUCCAUAGAUGCCCUUUGGGAGUUACAUCCGCAUCGACUGAAAGAAGCAGGUCUCAGCCGUCAUUCAGAUUCCAGCGCCAUCUUGACAGAGGAUACAGACAGCUUCAUUAUCGGCGAAAGAGUAUGGGUUUCUGGUAACAAACCUGGUCACAUCGCCUUCAUUGGUGAAACUCAAUUCGCUCCCGGUGAUUGGGCAGGAAUCGCCUUAGAUGAGCCUAUAGGUAAAAAUGAUGGGUCGGUGGGUGGCAUCCGAUAUUUUCAGUGCGAACCCAAAAAGGGGGUGUUCUCCCGAUUGACGAGACUGACCAGGGUGCCCAUGGAAGGGAUGGGUUCGGGUGACACUUAUGCCAGUACACCCUCGCCCGUUGGAAACGGAGUCAGAAGGAGUCCCAUAUCUCCCACGGGGAGCACCAAAAGUCUCAGGUCACCAUUGUCGAUGGCCGGUUCCACGAUAAGCUUAGCUUCAACAGCUUCGCAUGUGAUAGAUUAUAGACUGGGUGAUCGUGUUAUCAUAAAAAGUAGUCAAGGAUCUAAAGUCGGCACUGUGAGGUUCAUGGGUACCACAGAAUUCGCUCCUGGAGAAUGGGUGGGGGUGGAAUUAGACGAACCAAGGGGUAAAAAUGACGGGUCUGUCAAUGGCAAAAGGUAUUUCGAAUGUAUGCCGAACUUUGGGCUGUUUGCGCCCGUAUCGAAAGUGAGCAAAUCGCCAUCGAAAGUGAAGCCUAACUCUUGUCAGGUUCACCCAGGCAGCCAGCCUAAAUUGCCGCCUAGCGGCCUGAGAAAGGCCAAUUCCAAAGAAUCCUUAUCGUCGAAUAUAUCGAUGACCAGCGCUGCGUCUAACGUCAGAAGGAAAUCUGCACUCAAACUUGCCAGUGCUCCGGUAUCAUCCAGGAUAGCUUUACAGGAUGUACUCACAGAAAAACAGCAGCAUAUUGAACAGCUCCUCAAAGAACGUGACCUUGAUAGGGCAGAAAUCAGCAGAGCUGUCAGCCAUGCUGAUGAUGCUGUACAGAAAUUAUCCGCGAUAAGACAUGAAUAUGAAAAGUAUCGUUCGGAAUGCGAAAUCAAGCUAAAAGAACACAUGAUACUGCUGAACAAGCUGAAAGAAGACAGAGAAGAAUUACUUUCUCAGAUUGAAGAGGAGAAAAAGAAAAAUGAAGAUUUACAGUUCCGUUUGGAAGAAGCCACAAUUACCAAAGAUGAUGUAGAGACUUCAAAUGAAAACCAUGUAUCUAAAAUAAAAGAAUUAGAAGAGCAAUUGGCCAAAGAACGUGAUAAAUUAGAGCAGUAUGAAGCGGAAACAAACAAACUUUUCGAAGCAGAAGAAAACUUGAUUAAAGCAAAAGAGGAAAUAGAUUCAUUGAAGAAACAAGUUCAAGAUGCAAGAAACAAAGAAGUGGUACUGGAAGGAAGCAAUGCAACCACCGCUGUACUGAUAUCAUCUUUACAGAAGGAAUCGGACCAAUACAAGGCGGACCUAGACGAGAAAAACGAGAUGAUUUCGGUUCUGAAACAAGAACUUUCUCAAAUUACCUCACAACUUAACAAACAGUCAGAAGAAAAUGAGAAAGUCAAGGCUGAAUCAGAAGCUUUAUUAGCUUCUAAAAAUAAAGAACUAACCAAUAUUAAAGUGGAAAUGGAACAACUAAAUAGUAUAAUACAAGAAAAAAUACAAGCCUUAACAAAUGUAUCAUCCGAAAAACUUCAGUCUGAAGCCAAUCUGGAGAAGGAAAUCGAUCGUUUGAAGAUGGAGCUCAGCUCAAAAAUUCUAGAUCUGGAAAAUAUUGGUGAUUCCAUGAAGACCAAGGAAUCUGCUGUGCUAUCCAUACAAACGGAAUUAGAAUCUGUAAAACAACAAUUAGAAAAGACCACGAAAGAGAAAGAUGAAAUCAUCAAAGACUUGAGUUCUAAAACUUCUGAACAAGAUAAAAAAAUUGAAGAAAUUAGCAAACUGAAUACAAUUAAGCUGGAAGAAAUAAAUAAGCUGAAUAAUGACAUUAACGUUCUCAAAGAUACCUCCAAUAUUAAUAUCACAGAAUUAAAUGAAAAGUUCAAUAAAACACAAGCAGAAAAAGACAGUCAUCUAAAUCAACUAACAUUAGAAUUAGAAAAGAAGACCCAAGAAUAUGCUGAGAGUCUAAGUGUUCAUAGCAAACUGCAAAGUGAACAUGAUACGAUACUAGAAGAAUUGAAAAAUCUUAAAGCGGGACAUGAAGAAAGGAAAAAAGAAUAUGAAAACAUUUUGAAUACGAGAAAUUCAGAGAUUCAGCAGAUGUCAGACAACCUGAAAGAGAAAGAUAAUCUUAUCAAGUCACUACAAACAGAGUUACAAACAAUGAAAAUCGAUUUCGAUUCAGUCUCCAAUAAUUUACUUCAAUACCAAAACAACUUGAGCGACGUGGAAGCAAGCUUGAAAAAAGAGCGAGACGAGAUAAAAAACCAGCUCAAAACAAAAAUAGUUGAACUGGAGGAAGCCAAAACUGAAUUUUCCAAAACUGAUUCAAUGAAAGAUGAACAUCUACAAAAAUUACAGACAGAGUUAGAUGAAAAACUAAAAGAAGUGAUAGGAUUGCAAAAAGAUUUCGAUGUAAUCAACAAAAAUUAUGAAGACGCAAAUAAAACUUCAGCUGAACUCCAUGCCAAAGAACUUUCAGCUAGGGAUGAAAAAAUAGAAAAACUUUCUCAAAGUAUACAAAUGAAGAUUGAGGAAGUGAAUGAAUUAUCAACGAAUAUAAAUCGCCUCGAAAAUGAUAAUAGUUCUAGGCAGUCGGAAAUUGAAAACCUCCGUAAAGAAUUAGAACUUAACAAUGAAAACCUGGAAUCCGAAAAAACAAACCUUCUCAAACUGAAUGAAGAGAUGCAAUUGAUAUUGAAGAAAAAAGAAGAUUUAGAAGGUGAAAAUAGGAAAUUGUUACAAUUACAAGAAGAUUUCCAAAGUGCCAAAAAAACUAACGAUGAACAGCUCCUCGCAAAAACGAAUGAGCUCGAUGUAGUUAAUAAAACUGUUGCUGAAAAAACUGCUGAAAUUGAUGCUCUGAAGGAGGAACUUACAUCAAUUAAAGACAUUUUAGAACAAACAUCUAAUGAUCUGAAAAACUAUCAAGGUAAUAUGAAUGCAGUUGAAACAAGCUUGAAAAAUGAAAGAGAUGAAAUUCGCAUCAAAUGUGAAGAGCUGGAACAAGUUAAAAGGAAUCUGACUGAUCAGUUGACUCAAACACAGUUAAAUCUUACUGAAACCUCAACGAGUAUUCAAAAUAAAACCAAAGAACUAGAGGAGUUGAGAGAACUAAUCAAACUAACGAAGGAAGAAAGUGAAAGAAAUCUCAUAGAUGUGAAUGAACAGCACAAAAAAGAAUUUGCCGAAAUGGAGAUCAGAAUAUCAGAUUUGCUAACAGAAAUAGAAAAUAAGGAUAAAGAAAUAUCUGCAUUGUCAAGUACUGUGGGUGACGUAAAAACCACCGAAAUUGAAAAGGAUAAAGAAAUAGCCAGGUUGACAACUGAAUUAGAAACCUUACAUAACCAAAACAAAUCAGAAACUGAAAAUGUCUCCAAGCUCCAGGAAGAAAUCAAAACACUAACUGCAUCUAACAAUGAAAUGCAAACACAAAUAACAUGUUCUCAAAAAGAUAUUGCUGAUAUUUUAGAAGAAAAAGGAAAAUUGAUAGAACGUAUAACUGCCCUAUCCUUGAGCUCAGAAGAAUUGAAUAACAAGUUUAACAAGCUCGAUAAAGAAGAAGAAGAAAAAGAUAUAGCUCUAAAAACGAGAAACGCGGAGCAUCAGACUGAGUCAGAAGAACUCAGAAACACAAUCGGAAUUUUAGAGCUAACAAAUAGCAGUAUGAAAGCAGCAACAGACGAAAAAAUAUCGGAGCUUGAGUCAAAAUUGAAGAAAACAGUUGAUAAAGAAACAAAGCUCAGGAAACAAGUUGAAGUCGCCAGUAAGGAUAGUACGAUUGUCAAGGAACUACAAAGUAAUUUAGAUAGUACCAUCCUGAAACUGACUGAGAAAGAAGUAGAGCUUGAUUUGCAGAAAAAAGAAGUUUUCAAACUAAGAGAAGAAUUGAAAAAGGUCCACUCACAAAACACACAUGGUUCUUUAGAAAGUAUCGGAAAUGAUGUGGCCGCCAUUAAUACCGCCAAUGAUUACAAGCAGCUGCUGGAGGAGAAACUGAUGGCCGAAAAUCAAGUGGCCUUUCUCAAUUCGAUCAUAGUCGACAUGCAGAAGAAGAACGAAGUGCAACAAGCGAGGAUUGAGAUUUUGGAAAUGGGGUACAGUUCAUCGGCUGCAGAUGAGCUCACCAAAAUGGGCUUCAAAACUGAUUUCAGGAAACCGGCCCCCAGGAUGUACUGUGAUAUCUGUGAAGAAUUUGACCUUCACGAAACGGAAGAUUGUCCCACCCAAGCAGACGAUGAGAUAAGCAAUCAUCAGAGGGGUGGAGAAAGCAAAGAAAAACCUCCUCCGAGGCCUUAUUGUGAUGUAUGCGAAGUGUUUGGACAUACUACCGAAGAUUGCAAAGAGGAUCAGGAAUUUUAA